AGCGAUCUGAUUGGUUGCUAGGGGCAACUCAGCCCCUUUUACUCCGGACAUGUUUUGAUAAAUCUUCCCCAAUAUAGGGGAUAGGGGACACGAUGACUAGGAGCGGAGCAACCCUUUUAAGGUCCCGAUAAAGUCCUAACAUUCCGCUGGCGGUAGAGGUAGUUUUUAGACCUAAUGGUAACACUGGGCCUGGGCAGGUUUUAGAGAUUGUCCUCCCGGCACCUUGCACUUGGGUUGGUCCGGAAACCCUUCACCCCCCCCCCCCCCCCCAUAGGAGGGGGUCCAUAGGAAGUAGGUAACUGAGUAGAUGCCCCAUAUUAAGAAGGAUCCUACCAGGCAGGGGGUAUAUGUGUAUCUCGCCAUGUGAUGCAGGUAGGUGAGGGUCUGUGGCACCGCGGAGGUAGAUCUCGCCCAUUUCUGACUGGAGGUCCCACUGAGCCCAUCGUCCGAAAUGGGAGAAGCCUUUCGUCCCACAGCAUGCAAUCCUUCCUGCACCACUACACCGCCAGCUCCUUCCAAAAGCCGCCCAUCCCCCGGCCGCACAGUGCCGUCUGCCGGAGCCUCAGCUCUUACCUGAACCGGAGCAGCCGACUAGAGAUUGUACAUGAAGACCUGAAGAUGGGCUCUGACGGGGAGAGUGACCAAGCCUCCGGCUCUUCUGAUGAAGUUCAGUCACCAGUCCGAGUCAGGAUGAGGAACAACGCUGCACGGAAAAUAUCCACCGAGGAUGUAAAUAAGCGUCUGUCCCUCCCCGCUGACAUCCGUCUUCCUGAGGGCUACCUUGAGAAGCUGGCUCUGAGUAGCCCCCCAUUCGAUAAGCCUUUAAGCAGACGACUGAGAAGAGUGUCCCUGUCAGAGAUUGGUUUUGGGAAAUUGGAAACCUAUGUCAAGUUAGACAAACUGGGAGAGGGUACUUACGCUACUGUUUACAAGGGCCGGAGUAAGCUGACAGAAAACCUGGUGGCUCUUAAGGAGAUCCGCCUGGAACAUGAAGAAGGUGCACCAUGUACAGCCAUUCGGGAAGUUUCCCUUCUGAAGGACUUGAAACAUGCAAAUAUUGUUACUCUGCACGACAUUAUCCACACGGAGAGGACCCUGACUCUUGUCUUCGAGUAUCUGGAUAAAGAUCUAAAGCAAUAUCUGGACGAUUGUGGGAACUUAAUAAACCUUCACAACGUCAAGCUUUUUCUUUUCCAGCUUCUUCGGGGGCUGUCGUACUGUCACAGGCGUAAGGUUCUGCACCGAGACCUGAAGCCGCAGAAUUUACUGAUCAACGAGAAGGGGGAGCUCAAGCUGGCCGAUUUCGGCCUGGCCCGCGCCAAAUCUAUACCCACAAAAACCUACUCCAAUGAAGUGGUUACUUUGUGGUACCGACCGCCUGAUAUUCUUCUGGGGUCCACGGAAUACUCCACCCAGAUCGACAUGUGGGGCGUCGGCUGCAUCUUUUACGAGAUGGUUACGGGGCGACCGCUUUUCCCAGGAUCCACUGUGGAGGAACAGCUGCACUUUAUUUUUCGGAUACUCGGAACACCCACUGAAGAGACGUGGCCCGGGAUCCUUUCUAAUGAAGAAUUUAAAUCCUACAACUACCCCAAAUAUUAUCCAGACCCUAUCCAGAAGCAUGCUGCCAGGCUGGAUACAGAUGGAGCCAACCUUCUGUCCAAGUUCCUUCAGCUGGAAGGAAGGAGGAGGAUCUCCGCAGAGGAAGCCAUGAAACACUUAUACUUCCAGGAAUUGGGUGAAAGGGUUCAUAAGCUACCAGACACUACUUCCAUCUUUGCACUGAAAGAGAUCCAUCUGGACGAAGAGAACAAGCUUAGGACCGCCACGGAAUCCGUUCACAUACAGUCUCGUAGGCUCAGCCUUGUUCUUGGUUGAACACUUGGAGGUCUGGUCUUUUGAAGCAAAGCGUAUGACCCUACAGCUGAACGAGCCCUAGGCCGGGCCGAGUCUGACUUGACUGCUCUUUGAGCCUGCAGUAGGUGGACAAGUGAACGUGGACAUUAAGCAGUGCCAGCAUGUGGCAUCUACAAUACCCAUAUUAUCUUUCCCGUUGCCGUGCGGACACUAUGUGCUGAUCUGCUGCUGUUCCCGCGGGGACGACUUCUGCCACACUCCCGCCGUGUGUCAUACCGUUAGGCCCCUGCCGAAUGUCCUCUCCUUGCUCUCCCUUGUGUGCCCGCCCUUCCCGUUUUACCCCCAGGCAUACUAGGAUGUGUUUUUAGUUUCUCUACAUGAAGAUGUGACCAUCUGUAAAUCUCUGUCCUGAGGAGAGCCGAUGACUUAACUCAAGCUCCAGACUCGUAUAUGGCUUUGGCGGAAGGGGGUUCCAUAAUACAAAUGGCUUCUGGUUGUAGGAACAAGAAGUAGGGGGUAGGAUGACCGAUGCCCUGGAUGGACUCUACUCUUGUAAGAUGGUGGGGCUGGAAUAAGAGACAAGCUCCAGACUCGUAUAUGGCUUUGGCUGAAGGGGGUUCCAUACCAAUGGCUUCUGGUUGUAGGAACAAGGGGGUGGAGGAUGACCAAUGUCCUGGAUGGACUCUACUCUUGUAAGAUGGUGGGGCUGGAAUAAGAGACAAGCUCCAGACUCGUAUAUGGCUUUGGCGGAAGGGGGUUCCAUAAUAUAAAUGGCUUCUGGUUGUAGGAACAAGAAGUAGGGGGUAGGAUGACCAAUGCCCUGGAUGGACUAAACUCUUGUAAGAUGGUGGGGCUGGAAUAGGAGACAAGCUCCAGACUCGUAUAUGGCUUUGGUGGAAGGGGGUUCCAUACCAAUGGUUCUGGUUGUAGGAACAAGGGGGCGGAGGAUGACCGAUGCCCUGGAUGGACUCUACUCUUGUAAGAUGGUGGGGCUGGAAUAGGAGACAAGCUCCAGACUCGUAUAUGGCUUUGGCGGAAGGGGGUUCCAUACCAAUGGCUUCUGGUUGUAGGAACAAGGGGGCGGAGGAUGACCAAUGCCCUGGAUGGACUCUACUCUUGUAAGAUGGUGGGGCUGGAAUAGGAGACAAGCUCCAGACUCGUAUAUGGCUUUGGCGGAAGGGGGUUCCAUAAUAUAAAUGGCUUUUGGUUGUAGGAACAAGAAGUAGGGGGUAGGAUGACCAAUGCCCUGGAUGGACUCUACUCUUGUAAGAUGGUGGGGCUGGAAUAGGAGACAAGCUCUAGACUCAUAUAUGGCUUUGGCGGAAGGGGGUUCCAUAAUAUAAAUGGCUUCUGGUUGUACGAACAUGAAGUAGGGGGUAGGAUGACCGAUGCCCUGGAUGGACUCUACUCUUGUAAGAUAGUUGGGCUGUAAUACGAGACAAGCUUCAGACUCGUAUAUGGCUUUUGUGUAAGGGGGUUCCAUACAAAUGGCUUCUGGUUGUACGAACAUGAAGUAGGGGGUAGGAUGACCGAUGCCCUGGAUGGACUCUACUCUUGUAAGAUAGUUGGGCUGGAAUACGAGACAAGCUUCAGACUCGUAUAUGGCUUUGGUGGAAGGGGGUUCCAUACAAAUGGCUUCUGGUUGUACGAACAUGAAGUAGGGAUAAGGAUGACCGAUGCCCUGGAUGGACUCUACUCUUGUAAGAUGGUGGAAAGUGAGAAGGUCUUAUUACAGUCGCAGGGUGGUAAGUCCCUGCUCCUCUUUUGCUAGGUGAAGGUAAGACGCGGGCUUUGGCGUCAAGUCACUUUACUUUUCUCAGGAAUCAUGAUGCAGGACUGUGCCUGAAGGCAGGGGGAGUCAGUAUUAUAGAGGGUGCUCGCCUACGAGAGUCCUCACCAACUGCGUGAAGGCACCAAAAAGCAUUGAAUUCUGUAGAGAACCGAAAGGAGAAGUCGUAUAGAUAAUGUAGACCUAUGGGGCAGGUGGUCUCCGGUGGCCCUUCUCUACUCUCAUCCCUUUUUAGUUUACCACCCAGGGGAGGAGCAAGGAAAGGGCUCGAAACACUCUUCCUGCUACAUAUCAGAUGUAUGAACAACUAUUAAAAACAGUGAACCAAACUCUG